AGCUCUCUCUCUCUCUCUCUCUCUCUCUCUUCCUCUUACUAAUACCACUUUUGGAUAAAUUGGUUUGCUUGCAUACGGAAUUGAUGCCGCCCGUACACGCCAGAACUGCCACUCAUCUUUUCCGUCGUGCUGCUGUAGCUCCUCUGUCUCGGUCUAGCUGCCAUAGCUUCUCCACACAGAGCCAGACACGAUUUCUCUCACUCACCCAUCCCAGCUCAACCCUCAGACCAGCUACAUUCUCAAACAAGCACAACAUCUUUGCCCGCACCAUGUCUUCCGCAGCAGCCAAGCGCCUGGAGGGCAAGACCAUCCUCAUCACGGGAGCCUCUUCCGGAAUUGGAAAGUCCACGGCCCUCGAGUUUGCUCGCACAAACCCCAACGGCAACCUGCGGCUCAUUGUCACGGCUCGUCGUGUUGACUCACUGGAGGAGCUGGCGGCUCAGAUCCGCAAGGAGACCAACGACGGCGUCAAGGUGCUGCCUGUGAAGCUGGAUGUGAGCAAGGCAGAUGAGAUCCGAGGCUUUGUGGGCAGCUUGCCCGAGGAGUGGAGAGACAUCCACGUCUUGGUGAACAAUGCUGGCCUUGUCAAGGGUGUCGCCAAGGCACCCGAAAUCGCCGAGGAUGACCUCAACAUCAUGUUCGCUACCAACGUCACCGGCCUCAUCAACUUGACACAGGCCAUCCUGCCCAUCUUCCAGAAGCGACCAAACGGUGGCCAGGGAGAUAUCAUCAACAUUGGAUCCAUUGCCGGCCGUGAACCAUAUCCCGGAGGCUCAAUCUACUGCGCCACCAAGGCCGCUGUCCGAAGCUUCACUGAAAGCUUGCGAAAGGAGCUUAUUGCCACUCGCAUCAGAGUCAUUGAGGUCGACCCUGGUCAGGUUGAAACGGAGUUCUCCGUUGUUCGCUUCUACGGCGACAAGUCCAAGGCCGAUGCCAUUUAUGCCGGCUGCGAUCCUCUUACGCCUGAUGACAUUGCCGAGAUUGUAGUCUUUUCUGCUACCAGGAGAGAGAAUGUCGUUCUUGCCGAGUCUCUGGUUUAUCCUAACCACCAGGCCUCUGCUCUCAUUAUGCAUCGCAGGCCGACUUAGAUUUAGACGAGAUCUAAACGGACAUAAAACAUACUACAUACACAUGAUAAAAAAAAAUAGAGAAUUAAAAUGGCAAAAAAAUAUUGUAUUCAAACGCUGUGCGUGCUACAGUUAUUCUAUAUUUUAGAGCAAGAGAAAUUUUUAG